UGCGCCACGUCUUCUUCGUUCUUACCUCCUCUAUCUUCUCCACCUCCUGUUCGUUCGUUCGCGGAAGGAUAGACGUUAAACACGAGGAACACGAGAAACGAGGAUGCACGAAGCGAUUACGUAAAAGAGAUCUGUAAUCGAACCAACCAUGAAGCUACUCAAAAAGCCACCAAACGAGCUAAUUGUAUUGGCAAUGCCAAAUAUCGUUCCGGAAAAAUUGGGUGCAAUGUCAAGGCCGUUUCCAAGAUAACCCGCUGUAACUCCACCGUUUAUCGUCAAAGCAACGGUAAAAAUUGCCACGGACAUCGUAGGAUCGCGACCAAGGGGAAGACAACUCAUGAAGGUGAAAACGACGAAGAAGACGAAAAAGGCACUAAAGAGUCUGGUGAGAUGGUGGUAGUGGCAAAAGAAUGGAGAGAAGAGAGGAGAUACAAGGAGGAUGGGUAUCAAGUUGGUCGGUUGGUCUGGUAGACGAUCCCCACCCUGUAUAAAAGGCUUCUUCGACUGGCGACGACUUCAGUCUUUCAGUUCGGCUGACACAUACACUGUGUACUAAUCCGAAGAUCAUCUUUCGCCGAGGCUGAAAGAGAGUCUUUAGUAUUGGCGCGACAACGAGGACGAAGGAUGUCUUGCCAAUAACAGGAGGCAACAGUACUGCAGGAUUCUCGGCAGGAUUCUCGGCAAAGAUGCUCGGCAAAAUGCUCGCCAAGAUGUGCCUUAGCCCUACUACGACCUUUGCUUUCUUCACCCUGGUUAUUACCAUUGUAGUCUCGCAGUUCACACAGUUAGAAGAAAAUAGAAAAGGCACGGAAUUAAUUUUAGACAUUAGUGAUGAACACAAGGCUCAAUAUUUAAAUCAAGAUUUUUAUUCAAAUGCAUAUAAUUACGGUUAUGAGGUGAGUCCUAAUGGACAAUUUCAUCACGAAGUGCAUGGACCAGACGACAUUACAUAUGGAUGUUACGGCUAUGUAGAUCCUUUUGGAAAAUUAAAAACAACAUUUUACAUAAGUGAUGGAUGGGGAUAUAGAGUAGUCCACCCAGGACAAAAUGUCGAACUAUUUUUUCACGAACAUGAACAUCAUGAGAAUAGACAAUCUCAUAAGCAUGAUAAUGACGAUCAUCAUGAUCAUCACGGCAUUCUAAGAGCUUGGGACAAGUUACAUUUUCCAUCCAUAUGUGCACAAUUUGAAGGAACGAAUACUAAUCCUACUGUGAUACCACCAUCAGAACCAGAAACACUUGGGGCCCCAGGAAUUCCUGGAAUACCUAAAUAUCCUGCCACUCCUGGUACACCAGAAACACCACCUCGGUCUGGAUACCUUAGAAAAUCAGGAACUCCUACGAUUCCAGGAAAAUCAGAAUCUCCAACGUCGUCAAGAACUCCUAAUCUUCCAGGAAGACCAGGCACACCGAGAAAACAGGGAACACCAUCGCAUACUGAAUACUUUGAAAAGCCUGGCACACCAGAAAUUCCUAGGCCCUCGAACAUUCCAGGAAAACCAAAAACUCCUGACAUUCCAGAUACACCAUCACAUCCUGAAUUCCCUAGGAAACCUGCAAGAGUAAGGAUGUCUAGUACUCCAAGCACACCAGAAAAGCAAUAUUAUCCGGAAUAUCCUAGCACAUCUGGAACAUCUGUUACUCCAGGAAAACCAUUCCAACCUUCACACCCUGACACAUCCAUUACUCCUGUCAUUCCAGAAAAACCAUCGCAUCCUAUGCAAUCAGAUACUCCUAGUAUUUUAAGUAGACCAAAAACUCCUGGAACUUUUCUUACUCCAGGUACAUCAGGAACAUCGUAUUAUCCGAGCUAUUAUGAAAGAUCAAGAACUUCUAACAUUCCAGGCAUAAUAAGAACACCAUUGCAUCUUACGUACCCUGAUACAUCAAUAACUUUUACUACACCAGAUAAACAAGACACUCUUGGUCCAAAUUCAUUCGGAAUACAAUUCAGAAAUCCUGGCACACCAGAGACUCCUGGAAGUCCGGGAACACCAGAAACGCCAGGAACACUACCGCAACCUACAUACCUGAACACAACAAGAACUUCAAAUAAUCCGGAUGACAAAGACAGUCCUUCAUCACCUUCAACCUCUACCGCAUCAGAAGUUUCGAAUAUUUUAGACGUAGUAGAUAAUUCUGGAGUAGAAGAAUUACCAGCUCCUCAGCAAUUUGACGCACCAGGAACAUCAUCGCAACUUGUAUCCUCAGGAAUAAUUCUUCAUCCUGCCAUGCCAUUGAGUUCUGCGUAUUUGGAUGCAGGAGUGGUUUUUAAUAAUCAAGGUAUACUAGAUCCUCAAAAUUCACCCGAUAUUCCUGUACUAACUCGAAUUUCGAACUUUUUAAGUGAAUCAGAAUAUUACAUAUUAAAAACACCAUCGAAUCCUUCAACUCCUGGCACACCAGAAGUAAUGUACUCGAAAACAUUUACCACAGACUCUUCAGAUCUAUCAUCAUCUUCUUCACACCCUAACAUAACUGACAAUGUUAUAUUAAAAUCAGCAAGCUCACAAUCACCAUCUUCUGAAAUUCUUAGCAUUGCUGCAGCAACAACAGAAAUUUCUGACAGUUCAAAAAAACCAGAGACAAUUAAACAGAUAGGCACUUCUGCAUACCCAAGCACUUCUACACAUCCAAGCACUUCUACACAUCCAAGCACUUCUACACAAACAGAUAUUUCUGAACACUCUAGAAAACGUAUGUGGUCACAGGUAGUUGCAUCUCCUGAAGAAUCAUCCUAUUCUAAAAUUGCUAAACAAUGCAAUAAAAGUACUCAAACAGACAAAAAACGAAAGAGACCAAACGUAAGAAAAACACGUAGAAGACCCAAUAAUCAAUCUAAAAUAGUAUCGCGUAGUAGAACCCACUCGCAGUCUACAUAUUCUGGUAUACAAUGGACUUCUGGUAUUAUGGCAGUACAUGGCAUGCCAUCAACUUCUGCGACUUCUAGUGGUUAUGGUAAGCAAGAUAUUAGAACUUCGAGUACUUCAGGUGGAUCAGACAGUCCCACAGAUCAAUCAUCAUCGUAUUCUUUAACCCCAGAUACACAACCAAACUCACAAUUAGCAUCAUCUUCUAAAAUUCUUGCCGUUGUCAAAAGAAAACGAGAAAUUCUCAAUAUUCCUAGAUUUCCUCGCAGAAUAAGAAGACAAUUCUGUACUAACAUCUAUGAGAGACCAGAAAUACCACUCAGCCCUGAACAGGAAAACAUUCCAGGACAACAUAGCACAUCAGAAAUAACACACUCUGGCAAACCAUUAACUCCAGACAUUACAGAACCACUAGCAAGAACAUCAUCUCUUGCACAUUCGAGCACACAAGAAAUAUCAUCAUUACCUGGCACAGCGGGGCCUUCUAGUAUUCCAAGUGGGUUACAAAUUAGUAAAUUACCCAAAAACCGUAGUAGAGGAUCUUCUAAUUCUACGAGACUCCAUCGUCCUAUAUUUAUUACCGUUUAUAAAAUAGAUAAAGAUGAUCUUAAACAUACUCAUGCAUCAGAAACAAUACAAAAUACUUCCCUUUCUUCAUCUACAACAGAUCCUCCUGCACAGUUUGCCAUACAAAGUACUUCUCGUACAUCACGUAAAUUAGACUUCUCUAAAUACGUUGGCACAUCAAAAGAAAUAUCAUAUGAUGAUCAUUCUCGCAUACCAUCGCAUUGCAUUCGUGAUAUUGCAGAUACUCAAGAGAGACUACCAUCUUCUGUACAGUCGGGUGCAUCAGACAUACUUCUUCCACCUGGAGACUCUGGCUCACAAUCGACUCCUGUUAUUGAAGAAAUCCCAGAACAACCAACAUCUCUUGCACAUUUGGGUACAACAAUAACGCCAAGGAAUUCUGUAAACCCUGGCACAUCAGGUAUACAACCGCAUUUUCAAGCCUUUGGAACACCAGGGACUUCUAGUUCUCCAAGCAGUCCUACAGAUCCUAGACAAUUGGACAUACCAAAGAUUAUUGUUACUCCAAGUACUCCACGUAGUCUAUAUUUUAAACCUUCUACCACAUCAAGAACACGAACGUAUUUUGGGGAUUCUAGAAUUGCAGGGAAUGAAGAACCACGUCGUCCUAUGCAGAUUGCCUUACAAAAAAUAUAUAAUAACUUAGGUAGAAAAGCCAUUCUUAGACGUACUAACACAUCAAAAACAUCAGUAAAAGCGUCAGAUACUUCUUCUUCAGAUAAAGCAGUCUCUUCUGAAUACAUUGACAUAUUAAAAGUGACUGAAAUACCACCGUCUUGCAUUCAUGAUGUAGCAAAAAUCCCAGAGAGACUAUCAUCUUCUGCACAAUCGAGUGCAUCAGAAACACUUAUCCAGCCUAACAUACCAUCGACUUCUGUUAUAACAGACACUACAACAAUAACGUCAUCUCCUGCAUAUUUUGCUGGACCAAAAACAACAUCGCCUCCUGAAUACCUUGGCAUAACGUCGACCUCUGAUAUUGUAGAAACACCAGCAAGAACAUCACCUCCAGCACAUUCAAGUUCAUCACCUUUAGCACAUUCGGAUUCACCACCUUUAGCACAUUCGGGUUCACCACCUUUAGCACAUUCGGAUUUACCACCUUUAGCACAAUCGGGUUCAUCACCUAUAGCACAGUCGGGUUUACCACCAUUAGCACAUUCGGGUUCACCACCUUUGGCACACUCGGAUUCUCCACCUUUAGCACAUACGGAUUUACCACCUUUAGCACAUUCGGAUUCAUCACCUUUAGCACAUUCGGAUUUACCAUCUUUAGCACAUCCGGCUUCACCAACUUUAGAACAUUUGGAUUCACCACCUUUAGCACAUUCAGGUUCACCGCAUUUAGCACAUUCGGGUUCACCACCUUUAGCACAUUCAGAUUCAUCACUUUUAGCACAUUCAGGUUCACCACCUUUAGCAUAUUCGGGUUCACCAACUUUAGCACAUUCAGGUUCACCACCUUUAGCACAUUCAGGUUCACCACCUUCAGCACAUUCGUGUUCAGCACCUUUAGCACAUUCGGAUUCACCACCUUUAGCACAUUCGGAUUCACCACCUUUAGCACAUUCGGGUUCACCACCUUUAGCACAUUUCGGUUCACAACCUCCGGCUCAUUUGAAUUCAACAUCUGUAGUACAUUUAGGUUCACACCUUCUAGCACAUUUAGGUUCACCACCUCCAGCACAUUUGGGUUCACCACCUCCAGCGCAUUUGAAUAUAUCAAAAACACCAUCGCAUCCUAGAUAUCUUGGCAUAUCUGCUAGUGUAAAAACAAUAGUAAGAACACCAUCUUCAACAGAUUUGAGUACACCAAGAACAUCAUCACAUCCUGAAUACCCCGGCAUAUCAUCGACUCCUGGUAUGGUGGAAUCACCGACAAGAAGACAAUCUCCAACACAUUUGGCUUCACUACCUCCAACACAUUUAGGUUCAUCACAUCCAACACAUUUGGGUUCACAACCUUCAACGAAGUUGGGUUCACCACCUCCAGCACAUUUGUUUUCAAUACCUCCAAUACAUUUGGUUUCACUACCUCCCGUACAUUUGGGUUCACAACUUCCAACACAUUUAGGUUUAGCACCUCCAGCACAUUUGGAUUCACAACCUCCAACAGAUUCGGGUUCACAAUCUACAACACAUGCGGGUUCACAACCUCCAACAGAAUUAGGUUCACAACCACCAGCAUACUUGUUUUCACUACCUCCAAUACAUUUGGUUUCACUACCUCCAGUACAUUUGGAUUCACUACCUCUUACACAUUUGGGUUCACAACCUACAACACAUUUGAAUUCACAAUCUACAACACAUUUGGAUUCACAACCUUCAUUACAUUUGGGUUUACCACCUCCAAUACAUUUAGAUUCACAAUCUACAACACAUUUGGAUUCACAACCUUCAUUAAAUUUGGGUUCACAACCUCCAACACAUUUGGGUUCACAACCUACAACACAUUUGAAUUCACAAUCUACAACACAUUUGGAUUCACAACCUUCAUUACAUUUGGGUUUACCACCUCCAAUACAUUUAGAUUCACAAUCUACAACACAUUUGGAUUCACAACCUUCAUUAAAUUUGGGUUCACAACCUCCAACACAUUUGGGUUUACAACCUCCAACACAUUUGGGUUCACAACCUCCAACACAUUUGGGUUCUCAACCUCCAACACAUUUGGGCUCACAACUUCCAACACAUUUGAGUUUAGCACCUCCAGCACAUUUGUUUUCACUCCCUUCAAUACGUUUUGUUUCACUACCUCCAGUACAUUUGAAUUCGCCAUCUCCAGCAUUUUUGAGUACACCAAGAACCCCAUCGCAUACUGAAUACCUUGGUAUAUCUUCGACUCCUGCUAUUGUAGGAUCACCGACAAGAACUCAACCUCCAACACAUUUGGGUUCAGCACCUCCAGCACAUUUGGUUUCACUACCUCCAAUACAUUUGGAUCCGGCAUCUCCAGCACAUUUGAAUACACCGAGAACGCCAUCACAUUCUGAAUACCUUGGCAUAUCGUCGACUCCUGCUAUUGUAGAAAUGCCGACAAGAACACAACCUCCAACACAUUUGUGUUCACCAUCUCUAGCACAUUUGGGUUCACUACCUCCAGUACAUUUGGGUUCACUACCUCCAGCACAUUUGGAUACAUUAGGAAUGCCAUCGCCUCGUGUAAACUCUGACAUAUCAAGAAACGAACCGCAUUCUCCAUAUCCUGGCACAUCUGAAACUGACAAAUUUCCAGAUAGUCCAAGACCGCAUAGUCAAUAUAUUAUACCAGGUACUUCUGAUACUUUAGAUACAUCUGGACACCAGAAUGACACAUCAGAAACGCAACCGUAUCCUGUAUAUUCUGAGACCCCAGAAACUUAUGAUACUUCAAGUAGACAGGACAUUCCUGGGAAUCGUGGUACAUCAGAAACAUAUCCUGAAUAUCAUGAUACAUCUGAUAUUCCAAGUAGACAAGAUACUUCUGAAUACGACGAUAAUUCUGAUACCUCAAGAAUACUAACGUAUUCUAGAUAUUCUGUUAUACCUAGGCCUACUAUCUCUCCUGAUAUACAAAGACCUCUUGAACGUGACAGAACAAGAACUUCUUCAAGUAGAGUAGACUAUUCUGGAUAUCGUGGAGAAUCAGGAGGAAGACAACAUGCCGAAUAUCCUGACACGUCAGAAAGAUCUAACAGACCGAAUAUACCACCCUAUCUGCCUUAUCCACUACAUCUAAGCUAUAAUGGAUCUCUUAGAUACCCGUCAGCAUAUCCUAGGAUUCUGGGAACGAGCGGAAGAUCCGGUUUAUUUGGAAAGCCAAAUUACCCAAUUCAUGUUAGAUAUCCAUCUUAUUUCAAUGGCCCCGGGGGUCCUGUUGGACCAAAAGGACCUAUUGGUGAUAUAGGCGAUAUCGGAGACGUCGGUGGUGAUGGUGAAGCAGGCCCGGAUGGUCCAUGGCCAACCGGAUCUCCAGGACCUGACGGACCAUGGCCUGGUGAUCCAGAUUAUUACUCAAGUGUAAUACAUUCCGCGAAAUCACGUUCUCGUGGUCCUGUGAAAAUUUUACGGCUCAAAUCUUAUAAACCGAUAAAUAUUAGUUCAUCGAUAAAAACAGAUUUUCCAGGACAAAUUAAUUUAAAAUCACUUAUAAAAUCGAAUAUUGCUAGUGCAAUAAAUAAUGAUAAAUUAUCUGAGGUUUCAUAUCCUAUCAAAGUAAGCAAAAUCGUUGAUUUGGAUCAUAGUAAAUUUAAAAUGCAAGAAUAUGAACAAAUUAAUGAAGGAAAUGUCAACCAUAAUGCGAAAGAAAUUAAUUCAUUAAUGCAUGAUACAUUGAAAACAUCAGAUCAUUUAAAGCAUACAUUCUCGAAAAAUCUAGAAAAGGAUGAAAUUACUGAUAAAAACAUUAAGACAUACGGAUUGAAAAUUGAACGUAAGCAAAAUAAUCAAUACGAGGUAAUAGAGGAUAUUAAACGUGCAGAAGAACCGAAAGAAGACUUAGAAGAAUUCCCUGUUUAUCGUCAGAAACAAUAUCGAAAAGAAUAUAAAUUUUCUGCCAAUCAUACUUUUGCAUCCCAAGAUAUUAUUAAAGAUGCACUAAAACAACCUUAUGAAAUAAACCAUCAAGGAAGCCGCCUUAUAGUGCAUACGAAGUUCGAUAGAAAUGAAGAAAACAAAGGACGAGAAAAUAUUGAUUCCCCCGAAAACGAAACUAUUGCUAUAAUGAAACAGGUAAAUACAUCGUCGGAAGGUGAACAAACGGAUCAUAGAAUAAACGCAACAGGAGUUCAACCACCACAUCCGGUCAAUAUUAAGUCCUUUUCAUUACCCUUAGGACCAAAUCCUCAAGCUUGUCCUUGUUACUUAGUUGAAUCGCACAAGGAAAACGAUAUCACUAGCAGCACAACAUCCACUCCUCCUCUCAUUGGUCAGCUUGGAUUCAUUCCUGUCAUUUUUAUACCGUAUUGUCCCGGCAACAAGGCAGAUAGUCACAAAAUGAAACUUAUGUAUCCCACCGCAACACCUGUUCCGUAUCCAUGCAAUGCAUGUACCACGUCAGGUGAAAAUAUAGAAACAAAACUUCUUGGCUUACAAUUAGAUCAACUUGGCAAUAUUGAAAAUUUAAAGGACGUCUUGAGUGUGGCCAAUCUUGGAUUUUUGAAUGUUCCAAUCAGAAACGUUGUUGAGAAGAGAAAAAUCAGAAAUAGGAAAGUAGUAUGAUGAAUCUAGUUAACUUAUUCAUAUUAAUAUACAAAAGAUAUUAUUUUUUUCUCGGGGAAGACAAGUAUUCGCUCUUAUAAGAAUUAAAUAUGAAAUAUUGGAAGUAUCCCUCUGCCAGCUGCAGGUCAGCUAAUAGAUGGUCGUCGAUUCGAUGAUAUUAAAACUUAAACAUUACUUAUUGUGCAUGAUACUUUAGAAUGCAUGUCGACUGACCGACCCAUGUACAUAUUGCAUCCAAACGACUUUAUUAAACGAUUAUGAUUAUUCGUGCAUGGAAUAUCACGUAUGAGUAUAUAAGUCGUUUAUAGAUUAAUGUUUUUAUUAUACCGACGAUAUUUUUAAAUUACUCUUCAUCUUGAAUAUUGCGACAAACCCAUUUAAUGAAUACUAAACUUAAGUAAAUAUAUUAUUCCCUUAUGUGCUAUUUUGUCAGAUCUUCAAGGAAAAUGCAAAAACAAAAAUAAUUCCACAUACACAAUUUCAGUGCGCUUGAUUAUUUCCUUAGACGCAUUUAUAAAUAUUGUGCAAUACCAAUAUUGAUAAAUGAACAUUAAUCAUUAUGCAUGUAUACGUGUGUGAACAAUUAUUUAUAAUAUAUUAGAAAAAAUAAGAGAUUAGUUAAUAUAAAUUGUAUUAUAUUUUAACAAUAUUUAUAUAGAUAUUUGAUUCGUUUAAAAUUUUAAAUACUUUUAUAAAAACUAUCCAAUUAGGUUCAACAAAUUUAUUACGUCCGAAUAUAUUACAGUUUAUAUAAUGAACUAAUUACUGAUUAUUAUGUUCUCGUUGGUUAUAUUUAUUUCUUUAAGUUUUCCCUACUUCAUAUUUAAAUGUCAUGUUAAUAUUUACUACAAAUCAUGUAUUAAUUAUGUAUGUUAAGUAUUAUUCAAAUAUACGAAACAACAUCAUUUAGUUUGAAAAAUAAACACUUUCCGUAUUUUAA